GUAGCGCCAGCCCGUCGUGAGCUGUCAUUCUGCCUAAAGAAGAGAAAAUUGCACAGCAUCUCUGUGCAGAGGAGUGGGAGAUUCGGGCAAGAAAUAUGCAAUGAAACGGUUCAUUCGUCGCUAUCGACUGUGUGUUUUCUAGUGAAAUGGAGGAGAGGGAUUGUCGCAGGGCGGAUUUACCGUGCGAUCGCCGCGGAGCUCUUCUGCCUCUUCGUGAAUGAGAAAUGCCGACUCCUUUCAGCUAUUGGCGUUAACGCAGAGAAAAAGACAAAAUGAAGAAGCAAUUCAAUCGGAUGCGACAGCUCGCCAACCAAACCGUUGGCAGGGCAGAGAAAACAGAAGUUUUAAGUGAGGAUCUGCUUCAGGUGGAGAAGAGGUUGGAGCUGGUGAAGCAGGUUUCCCACAGCACCCACAAGAAGCUGAGCGCCUGCCUGCAGGGCCAGCAGGGGCAGGACGUGGACAAGAGGUCGGUCAGGUCGCCCUCGAAAAAGCUGCCGCUGACCACGUUGGCCCAAUGCCUGGUGGACGGUGCCAUCGUGCUUGGAGACGACUCCCUCCUGGGGAAGAUGUUGAAGCUUUGUGGGGAGACGGAGGACAGGCUGGCCCAGGAGCUCAUUCUGUUCGAAUUCCAGAUGGAGCGGGACGUCAUCGAGCCCCUCUAUGUACUCGCCGAGGUGGAGAUCCCCAACAUCCAGAAGCAGCGGAAGCAUCUAGCGAAGCUGGUGCUGGACAUGGACUCGGCCCGCACGCGGUGGCAGCAGUCUUCCAAGUCCUCAGGUGUGUCCAGCAACCAACAGCCGGCGGGGGCCAAAGCCGACUCCCUCAGGGAGGAGAUGGAAGAGACUGCCAAUCGCAUGGAGAUCUGCAGGGAUCAGCUAUCAGCAGACAUGUACAGCUUUGUGGCCAAAGAAAUCGACUAUGCAAACUACUUUCAGACUCUAAUAGAGAUCCAGGCUGAGUACCACAGGAAGUCGCUGGAGCUGCUUCAGACCGUCCUACCGCAGAUCAAAGCUCAUCAGGAGGCGUGGGUGGAGAAGCCGUGUUACGGGAAGCCCCUGGAAGAGCAUCUGACCAUCAGCGGACGGGAGAUCGCCUUCCCCAUCGAGGCCUGCGUCACCAUGCUUCUGGAGUGUGGUCUUCAGGAGGAGGGCUUGUUCAGAGUGGCUCCAUCGGCCUCCAAGCUGAAGAAGCUGAAGGCGUCCCUGGACUGUGGGGUGUUGGACGUGCAGGAAUACUCCGCCGACCCCCACGCCAUUGCAGGAGCGCUGAAGUCCUACCUGCGAGAACUUCCAGAACCGCUGAUGACCUUUGACCUCUAUGAGGAAUGGAUUCAAGCUUCCAACAUUCAAGAUCAAGACAAGAGGCUCCAAGCUCUACUCACCGCCUGCGAGAAGCUUCCCAAAGCCAACAGCAACAACUUCAGAUACCUGAUAAAAUUCCUAGCCAAGCUGAGUGAGUACCAGGAUGUGAAUAAAAUGACAGCAGGGAACAUCGCCAUCGUGCUGGGACCAAACCUGCUGUGGACGCAUGCUGAGGGGAACAUCACAGAGAUGAUGACCACGGUGUCCCUGCAGAUCGUGGGCAUCAUCGAGCCCAUCAUCCAGCAUGCUGAUUGGUUCUUCCCUGGAGAGAUUGAGUUCAACGUGACAGGCAAUUAUGGCAGCCCCAUCCACACCAACCACAACGCCAACUACAGCUCCAUGCCCUCGCCCGAUAUGGAUCACUCUGAUCGCAAGCACGACCAAGGCCGACGCCCCCUCAGCGUCGCCACUGACAACAUGAUGCUGGAGUUUUACAAGAAAGAUGGCAUUAGGAAAAUACAAAGCAUGGGCGUCCGGGUGAUGGACACGUCUUGGGUGUCACGCAGGGGCUCUUCCUCAGCACGCAAGGCAUCCUCCACCCCUCCGGGAGCCCAGACUCCCGCCCCGCCCACCGACUCGCUCAUCCCUGAGCAGCCGGAUGAGCUCUCUGCCACCCCCUCCCCUGCCGCUACCCCCGCUAGCAGCGACCGGGCCAGCAGAGCUGACGCGUCGUCCAUGUGGUUGGAUUCCCGUUGCGCCCGCCCCCCCGCUGGGGAGGAAAGCCCGCCCCCUCCCAGCCAUUCCUCUGCUUUCCCCGCCUCCUUCUCUGACCCUGCCCCCCAGCAUUCCUAUGUCCCAGCAUCCCCCCUUGCGUACCCUGUGCCUACUGCACUCUCCCCACCCCCCUGCCACUGGGCUUGCUCUGGCGCCCCCCCGCCCUCUCCGCAGCUUGACAUCAACUCCAACCCCAAACCUACCUCCCUGCCCCUCCCCGAGCAGGACCCUAUCCCUGAGGUGGCACCUGCCCCCCCUGUGUUAAUUCCUCAUGACCCCCUCCCCAGAGACCCCACUAACUGUCCCCUACCCACCUCCCCACCGUGGGCCACCUGUGUCAAAGAGCAAGGAGCCAAGCUGACUAGUACCCUGAAGAACAAAGAGCUCUCUCCUUCGAUUGGCCAGAAAGGCAUCCAGGGGCUGGGCCCCAGUGGUAAUGCAGCCAGUAGCGGGCAGGCACAGCUGACCACUGAGCAGAGCCCUCACACCUUGCGCAAAGCAGUAUGUCGGAAGCUGGUCCCAGUCCCUCCCAAAGUACCGUUCUGCCCGUCGGGGGCAGUGUCCGAUCAGUCUACGGGGCAGCCGUCCCCGGUCAGCUUGUCCCCCACCCCUCCCAACACGCCCUCCCCUUACGGCUUCGGAUACCCCCAGAGCUACGCCACCGUCUCCUCCCCGGGUCAGGCUACCCCAGGCACGCCCACCUCCCUGUCCUCACCUCCCUCACUGAGCGGCACGCUCACCAAAUCCCGGGCCGCGGCCAAGCCCCGGCAGCGGCCUAGCCUGCCCCCCCCACCACAGCCGCCCACCGCCCCCGGCUCCAGUCCCCAGUCCUUGGAGCACGGCCUGCUGGACGGACUGUCCUCCGGGGAGAGCAUGUCCACAGACUCUCUCCUUGAGCCGGAUUACCCCUCUGUUUACGCUGAGCCGGAUGGCCCCCACAAUAAGCACAAGGCCACCCCCUUUGGAGACUCGGCGCCGAUGACAGCGGGACAGACCAGAAGGGCGGAGUCUGAGGAGGAGUCAGAGAGCACCGUGCUAUGACGGCGCCAAGGAACGCCCCCUGCUGGCAAUCAACCAAUCCUACACCUCCCCCCCCCCACACGCACACAAAUUUACCGGCUCUCCUGCUCUCCUCCUCCGCCUCCUCCUUGUCCUCCAGCUGUGUAGGAGGCUGUCGGAUUUCGGAUGCUGCCCGCACCCCCUGGACGAGCCUCCCUAAAGGACCACUCCACAAACCCACCUCCCCAGGCUAGAACUGGCUUUCUCUCUACUGACUGCAAAGGGGCUCGUGUCUGUAGAUAAUGUUAAAAGAACAGAAUAUAUGAAUAUAUUUACACUGGGACCUGCGAAAACAGGACCGAAAGCCCAUGUGACAGAAGUGUUAUCUAUAGGUACCGCAUGGUCAUUUUCUAAACAUUUUUAUCGUUUUUCGAAUUUUCUUUCUCGACACUGUCAUCCUCGCCUGCGUCCCAGUGUCAAACUCAAAGAUGCCCACUGCACCAAUGAGCAGGACCCCCAUCUAUUCACAUCACCUCCCCAGCCAGCACUGGUCGCCGUGGGGGGUGGUGAUAUGCACCCUCCCCACGCUGAGGCCCCGUUCCGGUUGAGUCCGGUUGAGUCCAUCUCCAUCACAGCAAGCAGCUCACAUUCUGUGCCUCUGAGUAGAAAAUAAAAACGAUAGAUUUAUAAUAUUAUAUAAGCUAUAUAUGUCAUAUUAUUUUUAGAAAUCAGUUUAAUAUAUUUAAAUAUAUAUAUAUAUAUAAAAUACAUAUAUUAGAGCACAUUUAUAAGCGAAAAUACAAAAUCUGCUAGAUCUGUUCAGGUGCCGUGAAGAAGGUGUCCUCUGUUGGACCAUUUGAUCUGGAGCCUCCCCCCGUCUGCUCAGACCCAAUGACACGUUCUCUGUGGGGCGUGGCCAGCAUGUGGGGCGUGGUCAUGCCACAGAGGUGUGGCUAGAGCACAUGUUCUCCAAUCACUCAGGAGGCUGAACAAGAAUCCAUCCAUAGUGACCAAAAUCAGAGUGAUGAUCACAGACGUGAA